CUAAGUUUAAAGCUUUAAAGUGCACAUCAGUCUAACUGUGGUCGUGAAGCAUGUGACAGAGUUUAACAAAGACACACAGCAACAUAUCUGUACCAUGGAAGGAGUGACUUUUUGGUAAUUGGAGAAUAUUGUCGCAUUUCAGAACAAAACUACAGUAACUGUCACAUUCAGCAAAGACUGAUAGAACUGAUGUGUGCUUGCGUUCACAGGACGUGUGUAUGUGUGUGUAUGUGUGUAUGUGUGGUUUCUUCUGUGUCAUCUUUUUUAAAUUUCGUCAGAUUGAUUGCUCAAAUUUGUAUUUCUCCCCCUUGUGACACAUUCUGAGAGCACAGUACUACAAAACACUUUGAAGUUUACGAGUAUAACUGCCACUGUUGGACAAGAAAAUAAUUGUUUGUACCCAAGUUGUACACGGAUCCUACACGAAGAUGCCAUUACAGGACCUCAACAGUUUUUGCAGAAUAUAUCGUAUAUAGUACAGUCAGGAGAAAAGACUCAUUGUUUGCACACGAGAGACGACUACGGACACAGAUGUAAAUAUACAGGCACGAUGGUCUGCCUUAAUAUCUACCACGAAUUGAGCAGUUGUCUUCUCAAUGUCGGAUCAUUUUCAAAAAUAUGAAUUCGGUUCUGUGUAUUCAGCAAGGGUACACUGCGCUUCCAUUGCGGUUGUGUCUUGAAGAUUUGGUCUUUUCUGUGCACCUUGUGUCACCAAGGCUCUUUGCUCAGCCACGCGUGACCUGGCACACACAUAAAUAUUUGAAUAGGUUUGGGAACCCAUCUUUGUUCAAUUUCUCGCGAUGGAUUUCUCCUUUUCAUUUCGUGUUUGAGAUAAUAACAAAGUUAUAUGAAAGGAGUGUUUCGAGCGUGGUAAUUUCACCAUUCGAGAAGGUCUUUGAAACCGUACAUUUCAAAACAAUUUUUCACUAGAAAAAAAAGACUUCCUUUUGCGACGAGUACAGAUUAAUCUUGUCGCAGGCCCAGGCCGCCAAGACUUUUUUUUUUUUUUUAAGGGCGUCACUCACUUUACCUCUGUUAGCAACAUGAACACAGGUCUAAAGACAGAUGGAAGCUUUAUUCAACUCCACGUAAGCAAUGUUGGUGUGAGGUGUGUAGGAAUAAAAUUACACGAGUGCUGGCAAUGUUAAAAAACCAAGUGCACGCCCACGCUGCAAACUGAGGACAGGUUAGAAUGGAAGGUGUGUCCCUCCUGUGUUCUCUCCUGACUACUUUUCAUUGCGCAGACCUGCUGAUGUGGUGAGCUUGUCGUACCCAAACAAAAGCUGUGAGACCAACGUGAAGACGUGGACCAGCGGAUGCAUCCGCACUGACCGACCGACACAAUAACAGGCAAAUCUCGCGGCUCGAGCUCACUGGAUCAUGUUAGUUGGCAUGUGCUUACUUACAAGUUAGGCUUAUUUGUGUGAUACCUGCCCCUGAUGUUUGUCAAUAGUCUUUGCGAGAGUUUAUUUGAUGCUGACCUCUAUGUCAAGGACUUUGUCCAAUGACCUUCACCUGUUGCGUCACGUGGACGGGGACGAAGAGUUGCGGGUCGACGAGUCCAGAAGACUGGGAGAGCUCGUGCAGCGACGUCUGCAUGCGCUGCAGAACCCUCAGAACUGCAGCAAAGCGAAGCUUGUCGUCUGCAACUUGGGAGACCACACGGCUUCACCAGCAUGUUGCACGAGGCGACGAUGUGUCUGUUGACGGCCUACGCCACACACCGGACACUUGUUCUCACAACCAACGGCUGGAGAUUCGCUCCGAGCACCUGGGACACCUUCAUGAUGCCGCUGUCUACCUGUACAGCUAAUGACACAAAGGACAUGGAUCCCAGAAAUCAGACCUCAUCAGCUCGUGUCGUUCGGCUGAGUAGUCUGAUAAGAAGCUGGAACAAUUCCCCAGCCAAGUUUCGACCUCUCGCCAUCCCAGCAGACCUGGCCAAGAGGUUAAAGACCUUCCACGGUGACCCCCCGACCUGGUGGGUCGGUCAGCUGGUCAGCUUCCUCCUGCGUCCUCAGCCUCACUUGCAGCAGACCAUCCAGACACAAGGCGAGAAAAUGGGAUUUAAACGUCCUAUUGUGGGCAUCCAGGUGAGGCGGACAGACAAGGUGAACGCUGAGGGUAGGUACUACAGUCUGGAGGAGUACAUGAAGCACGUGGAGGAGUAUUACGACCUGAGACAACAGCACGAGGACAUCAAGAACGCCGACUGUUUGUGGCCACCGAUGACCCGUCGGUCUUCUCGGAACUUCAGAAAAAGUGAGUUUUGUGUGAUACCCGAGGUACAACAUCACCAGGGUGGAGGGCAACCCAGAAUUGUCGUCCGUCAAAUCCGCUACACGAGAGAUGGACUGAGUGCAGUACUAGUGGACCUGCACUUCCUGUCCAUGUGUGACUUUGUCGUCUGCACCUACACUUCCAAUGCCACAACGAUGAUAAGGAGGCGGAAAGUCUGUGUGGUGUUGACACUUAUCAACGUGGUUGUCAUCUUCCUGGUCAUCGUCACUCACAGCUUCAACAGGUCCGUGGUGGAAAUACAGUCCGGGCUCCAAUGGACAACAGAUGGAAGUCCGUCUUUACCCAAUGUAGUGACCAUCCAGAUCAACAUUUCUGAACUUAUAAACAGGUGCCUUCAAGAAGGAGAGAUAUUUCAAAACAACAAUUUAUCCUUCAUACAGCAAUGUGUCAAGAGAGCACCAAGUGCAAUAACUCUGCCGAGGCUUGAGCAGCUGGGGACUCACACUAAUCCAGGUGAGAAUCAAACCAAGGCCCUGUACCCUCUGAGUACGGAGCGAGAGACUGCGAGACGGAGAGUAGAAUCAACGGCGAGAGAGGUCUUCUACUUCAUCACUGCCAAGAUGGACACACUCAGCCACGGAAACUUCUCCUUGAACGAGUUUACGAAGCAGUUUAUAAACAACACGAGGACAGAACUUGAAGACUACAAAAGGUCGUUGUCCAAUGAUCUUCACCAGCUGAGUCACGUGGACGAGGACGACGAGUGGCGGGUCAGUGAGUCCAAACAACUCGGGGACCUCGUGCAGCGCCGUCUGCUCGUUCUACAGAACCCACAGAACUGCAGCAAAGCGAAAAUUGUCGUCUGCAACUUGGGGAGACCCUACGGCUUCGGCAGCAUGUUGCACGAGGCGACGAUGUGUCUGUUGACGGCCUACGCCACACACCGGACACUUGUUCUCACAACCAACGGCUGGAGAUUCACCCCGAGCACCUGGGACACCUUCAUGAUGCCGCUGUCUACCUGUACAACUAAUGACACUAGAGACAUGGACCCUAAGAAUCAGACAGCUUCAGCUCGCGUCGUUCAACUGAAAAGUCUGAUAGGAGAAUGGAACAGUUCACCUGCCAAGUUUCGUCCUCGCGCCAUCCCAGCAGACCUGGCCAAGAGGUUAAAGGCCUUCCACGGUGACCCCCCGGCCUGGUGGGUCGGUCAGCUGGUCAGCUUCCUCCUGCGUCCUCAGCCUCACUUGCAGCAGACCAUCCAGACACAAGGCGUGAAAAUGGGAUUUCAACGUCCUAUUGUGGGCAUUCAAGUGAGGCGGACAGACAAGGUGAAUGAUGAAGCGGUGUACCACAGUCUGGAGGAGUACAUGAAGCACGUGGAGGAGUAUUACGACCUGAGACAGCAGCACGAGGACAUCAAAGAACGCCGACUGUUUGUGGCCACCGAUGACCCAUCAGUGUUUCCGGAACUUCAAAAAAAGUACCCGGGGUAUAACAUCAGCGGUGUGGAGGGCAGUGCAGACUCAGCUUCUGUCAAAUCCCGCUACACGAGAGAUGGACUGAGUGCAGUACUAGUGGACCUGCACUUCCUGUCCAUGUGUGACUUCGUCGUCUGCACCUACACUUCAAAUGUCUGUCGGGCGGUGUACGAACUGAUGCAGACGAGACAUGGCGACGCCUCCCACAAGGUGUAUUCUCUGGACUCCUCGGUGUAUUAUGUGACCUACUACGAUAUCUACUAUCAACGAGCUGUGAUAAGCCACGAAGCGAGGUCUGCUGCUGAAGUUUCUUUUCAAGUUGGAGACCUCCUACACAUCCACUCAUAUCUUUACCAUUUGAAGGAGCGAGCUGUAGCUGGUAACUUGAGGAACGGAUCCACGUUUGGAAUGAACUCUCGCACAGGGAAACUGGGGCUGUUCCCCUCCUACAAGGCCGUCGAUGAAAUCGUAGAAGAAAACAUGGGGGAAAACAUUUAGGUCUUCAUAUAGUUUAAAAUGCCAUAACACGUGAUUUACUUUCAUUUGGAAAUGAUUGAUAAUUUUUUCAUCUGUGCUGCAUCAUCAUCAUCAUCAUCAUCAUCAUCGCUCUCUGUUCCAUUGUUUUAUAUAUUUCUUUUUGUAAUAAAAGUAAAAUGAAGAAAAGAAUUAAAGUUCUCAAUGUUUCAGACACCAUUUCAUCAGUUGUACACUUGUGUAUGUGUAUUAUACGUUGUGAAAACAAAGAGGAUGACAUAAUAUAGUGUAACAUAUGCCGAGGUGUUAUUUUUGACACCUGUAACUACCAGCGUUCAGUUAGCUUUGCAUGUGAGGAUAGCAUGCAUCAUAGCACAUUAUUACAACACUGUUGCAAGGGACGCUACCACUACUACGCUAAAUGCCGUUUUGUUCUCGCUUACCUCCCUUUAACAUAAUCUCGAGGAACGACGUGGAAUGUGCUGAAGUUUUCUUUAUUGUCAUUUUUCUACUGGAUAUUCAGUGAUUGUAGAAAAUAUGUUUCUACUUUUGUGGCAUUUUGUGUAGUAGUGGAUUUAGUGUGUUAGUCGGGUGGGGGUAAGGUUGUUUACAGUGAUUAAAGCAGUGAACUGGUCAAGCUGGCGGACUAUCGGCCCGACUGGCGCGCCAAAUGUCUGGCCGCCCAUUCAUCACCAGUGGCCAGUCGAAGCUAACGACAACACCUGACGUAAGCGGCCGCGAGUAGACCAUGGCCAGAGGGAGACAACCGGGUAACAGCCCGACCUCUCUUUGUCCAGCUGAAGGUCGGGGACCGCCUGAGGCGAGCAACGCCCCUUACACCUGCGUCCAGACCCUUCCUACACCUCCAAGGCCAACGGGAGGAAGUUACGCCCACCGGAAGAAGGAACCAAGUCUGGCGAGGGGCAGAGAACGUCACUUCUCCGGGUAGCGAGCUGGUGAGCGGCCGCGUGAGAGUCCGUCUUAGGGAUCAUAGAAGACGUUAAAGUCCACGUGGGGACUGAAACUGUGAAGUGGGAAUUUUUGGUACUGAUGAACUGUGAAAAACUAGUGACUUGUGAACAGUGAGCAGUGGAAUUAUUAUCGUGAGAAAAACUAACAAGAAGAUACACCAGAGAGAAAAGUGUUAAGAUAUACUUGUAGCUAUUCUGUUAUGUAGAUAUGUGUAUAUAUGUACAUCUUUUCUUUGAUUAUAUCCUUUGUUCAUGUUGAA